AUGGUCUCUAUCAAAACCAUGCUUGUCGUGCUCUUCAUCUCUGCAGUAAGCGCAAAGAAGCAACUUUGUUAUUGCGGCGAUCCGGAAGAAACGCAGGUCAUUUGCAACCUACUCGCUCAAACCGACGUCAAAUUCAUUGAUGGGGGGGACUGCGAAGUAAUUGAUCACAAUGCCGCCGCUUCUUUCACUAUGACAUGCGCUUUGAGCGACAAGAAUCGCUUCGGUGCCGAUUGCCGAGAACCUUAA